AUGACCGUCUCAGCCAAGGACCGUCUGCGACACAUGCUGAGCUGGCCUGACUCUCCAUCUCCAAGAUUUUGGGCAGCAGCGCCGCCCGUUUCUGCCACGCCACACUACACAUUCUGCCACGCCACACUACACAUUCUGCCACGCCACACUACACAUUCUGCCACGCCACACUACACAUUCUGCCACGCCACACUACACAUUCUGCCACGCCACACUACACAUUCUACCACGCCACACUACACAUUCUGCCACGCCGCACUACACAUUCUGCCACGCCACACUACACAUUCUGCCACGCCACACUACACAUUCUGCAACGCCACACUACACAUUCUGCCACGCCACACUACACAUUCUGCCACGCCGCACUACACAUUCUGCCACGCCACACUACACAUUCUGCCACGCCACACUACACAUUCUGCCACGCCACACUACACAUUCUGCCACGCCACACUACACAUUCUGCCACGCCGCACUACACAUUCUGCCACGCCACACUACACAUUCUGCCACGCCACACUACACAUUCUGCCACGCCACACUACACAUUCUGCCACGCCGCACUACACAUUCUGCCACGCCACACUACACAUUCUUCCACGCCACACUACACAUUCUGCCACGCCACACUACACAUUCUGCCACGCCACACUACACAUUCUGCCACGCCGCACUACACAUUCUGCCACGCCACACUACACAUUCUUCCACGCCACACUACACAUUCUGCCACGCCACACUACACAUUCUGCCACGCCGCACUACACAUUCUGCCACGCCGCACUACACAUUCUUCCACGCCACACUACACAUUCUGCCACGCCACACUACACAUUCUGCCACGCCACACUACACAUUCUGCCACGCCGCACUACACAUUCUGCCACGCCACACUACACAUUCUGCCACGCCACACUACACAUUCUGCCACGCCACACUACACAUUCUUCCACGCCACACUACACAUUCUGCCACGCCACACUACACAUUCUGCCACGCCACACUACACAUUCUGCCACGCCACACUACACAUUCUGCCACGCCACACUACACAUUCUUCCACGCCACACUACACAUUCUGCCACGCCACACUACACAUUCUGCCACGCCACACUACACAUUCUUCCACGCCACACUACACAUUCUGCCACGCCACACUACACAUUCUGCCACGCCACACUACACAUUCUUCCACGCCACACUACACAUUCUGCCACGCCACACUACACAUUCUGCCACGCCACACUACACAUUCUGCCACGCCGCACUACACAUUCUGCCACGCCACACUACACAUUCUGCCACGCCACACUACACAUUCUUCCACGCCACACUACACAUUCUGCCACGCCACACUACACAUUCUGCCACGCCACACUACACAUUCUUCCACGCCACACUACACAUUCUGCCACGCCACACUACACAUUCUUCCACGCCACACUACACAUUCUGCCACGCCACACUACACAUUCUGCCACGCCACACUACACAUUCUACCACGCCACACUACACAUUCUGCCACGCCACACUACACAUUCUGCCACGCCACACUACACAUUCUGCCACGCCACACUACACAUUCUGCCACGCCACACUACACAUUCUGCCACGCCACACUACACAUUCUGCCACGCCACACUACACAUUCUGCCACGCCACACUACACAUUCUGCCACGCCACACUACACAUUCUGCCACGCCACACUACACAUUCUGCCACGCCACACUACACAUUCUGCCACGCCACACUACACAUUCUGCCACGCCACACUACACAUUCUGCCACGCCACACUACACAUUCUGCCACGCCACACUACACAUUCUGCCACGCCACACUACACAUUCUGCCACGCCACACUACACAUUCUGCCACGCCACACUACACAUUCUGCCACGCCGCACUACACAUUCUUCCACGCCGCACUACACAUUCUUCCACGCCACACUACACAUUCUGCCACGCCACACUACACAUUCUGCCACGCCACACUACACAUUCUGCCACGCCACACUACACAUUCUGCCACGCCACACUACACAUUCUGCCACGCCACACUACACAUUCUGCCACGCCACACUACACAUUCUGCCACGCCACACUACACAUUCUGCCACGCCACACUACACAUUCUGCCACGCCACACUACACAUUCUGCCACGCCACACUACACAUUCUGCCACGCCGCACUACACAUUCUGCCACGCCGCACUACACAUUCUGCCACGCCACACUACACAUUCUGCCACGCCACACUACACAUUCUGCCACGCCACACUACACAUUAAGGGUCCCGGUGGCACAGUUGGAUGCAGUAUUAGGUGAUAUAGAACAUAGACGUAAUAUCACAUGA